UUGGUUUCUCAAUCUACUUGGCCUCUUAAAAAGGGAAUAAAAAUGGUAGAGCCAGAAGGAGAAUGAAUAGUUAAUCAUGGAGGAGGAGAAAACCUAGCUCAGUACUUUGACUAGAGGCAGCUGGGGAAGUGACGUCCUGUAGCAUUUGCUGUUCUAGAAAGUACAGAGACACGUAGUGAAAAUGGGAGGAUCUAGAAGGAGGCCGUCUCCUGUGUAGUGUAUAUUUAUCUGUAAGUGAGCUGUUGGGCAAGGAAUUAAAUACGGAGACGCUGUCUGCGUGCUGCCUUCAGACAGCGAAGCUGAAUUGCUGAUGUGCUUUAACUUUUAAAUUACCGAGCUUGGUUUAUUUUUUUAGAGCCUUUGUACUGCUCAGACUGGGGACGCUGUUUUCUCUCACAAAGGGAAAUCUAAGUUCAUUUCAAGGCGUUCGAAAUGGGGAAAGACUAUUAUAGCAUUUUGGGAAUUGAAAAAGGAGCUUCAGAUGAAGAUAUUAAAAAGGCUUACCGAAAACAAGCCCUCAAAUUUCAUCCGGACAAGAACAAAUCUCCUCAAGCAGAGGAAAAAUUUAAAGAGGUCGCAGAAGCUUAUGAAGUAUUGAGUGAUCCUAAAAAGAGAGAAAUAUAUGACCAGUUUGGAGAGGAAGGGUUGAAAGGAGGAGCAGGAGGCACUGAUGGACAAGGAGGCACCUUCCGGUACACCUUUCAUGGCGACCCUCAUGCCACAUUUGCAGCAUUUUUCGGAGGUUCCAACCCCUUUGAAAUUUUCUUUGGAAGACGGAUGGCUGGUGGUAGAGAUUCUGAAGAAAUGGAAGUAGAUGGAGAUCCUUUUAGUGCCUUUGGAUUCAGCAUGAAUGGAUAUCCAAGAGACAGGAAUUCUGUGGGGCCAUCCCGCCUCAAACAAGAUCCUCCAAUUAUUCAUGAACUGCGAGUAUCACUUGAAGAAAUAUAUAAUGGUUGUACCAAGCGGAUGAAGAUUUCUCGAAAAAGGUUAAACCCUGAUGGAAGGAGUUAUAGAUCCGAGGACAAAAUUCUCACCAUUGAGAUUAAAAAAGGAUGGAAAGAAGGCACCAAAAUUACUUUUCCAAGGGAAGGAGAUGAAACACCAACUAGUAUUCCAGCAGACAUUGUUUUUAUCAUUAAAGAUAAAGAUCACCCCAAAUUUAAAAGAGAUGGAUCAAAUAUAAUUUAUACUGCUAAAAUUAGUUUACGAGAGGCAUUGUGUGGCUGCUCAGUUAACGUGCCAACCAUGGAUGGAAGAACCAUACCUAUGGCAGUAAAUGAUAUUGUGAAACCUGGAAUGAGGAGGAGAAUUAUUGGAUAUGGGCUGCCGUUUCCAAAAAAUCCUGACCAACGCGGUGACCUCCUAAUAGAAUUUGAGGUGUACUUCCCAGAUUCUAUACCUUCAUCAUCCAAAGAAGUACUUAGGAAACAUCUUCCUGCCUCAUAGAACGAAAAACUUUGUUACCCAUAUUUUGAUAAGGCACUGAAAAAUAUAAAAAGACUGGCAGUUUACUGAUAUAGAUGUGAAUUCUGUAUAAAGACGUGUACAUUAUUUUGAGGGUUCAUUAAAUUGCAUGAAUAGAGACGGGUCAAAUUAAUAGGCAAAAGGGAUUUUUAUAGUUCGAGAUGAAGAGAAAACCAUUCAUUCUUUUAUUUCAUUUCUCCCAAAUCAGAAAUUUUUAGUAUUUACAAUUUGUUUUUGUGGCAUUAGUAGAUAUAUUUCUAAUAAAGUACUAGACUGCCCAAGUACUUUAUUUCUUAUAUCUUUACAUUGUCAGUAUGGUAAGUUCUCAUUUAUAAUGAAAAUUUUAAUUCUUAACUAAACUAUACAUGUGAUAUGUAUUUCAAGAAAAUAAAAACCUAAGUCAUUUAAAAAUGUGAUUAACUAGAUUUAAAUCACCAUCUGAAAUGCUGCUAUAGGGCUGGUACCCAUAAAAGAAUAUCCUAAUGCAUAUGUUUCACCAUUUUGAUUUUUAAAAUAUGCUAUAGCAUUUCUUAAUAGUGUAGUAUAAUGUUCUUAAGACCUUUUCUUCAUAAAAAUGAAAUUAAUGGCAAUUUAUCUCCUGUGGAAAUCCCAAUUGCCUGAAUUACUGAUAUUUUAGCAAUAGGCUGUUUUUAAAAUGCCAUAUGUAAUUUUAUGCAAGUUGACUAUAUUAUAUAUCUUGGACUUAAUAAAUUAUAUGCACAUUUUAUUGUCCACUAGUUUAAAAUAGUUUGUUUAAUAAUAAAUGUGUUUUUAGAGGAAAUGUUGUUACUUGGAAUUAAUUUUCCAAUUACACAGUCUUCUAUAACUUAAUCAUAACAUGCUGUAUGUACCUUAUGUAAUUUCCCUAAAAAAGAAUAAACUACCACUGUGGUGUUAAACCAAAAUAUGGGGAAAAUAAACACUAACUGCUGCUUAUGAA